AAAAGUGGGUACAGUUGAAAACAAUCAUUGUUAAGAUUUCGUAGGUUAGAAACAUAUACCUGGCAACAGGAGCAGCUACUAGGUGCUAAUUUGAAUUGAGGCCACCAUGCGGAAACAUUCGGAAGGAAUAAAACUUACCGGAACAAACGGACACGUAUUAUACCAUAUUCGAUUACUCACCUAACAUUGUGUAUCAAAGAAUUAAUAAUCCCGACAUCGCCAUCCCGACUCCACUGCAGCAUUUCACACAAAAACCUUAGAAAUAAUGUUCAUUUCACUCCAUGCCCGCAAAUUCAUCUACAGUUCACAAGAAGUAACAGUACUGUGUGGCCUAUUCUAACUUAAGCGGAUUUCUUUGUAUACUGAUACUGAUGUGGAAAAUGUUUGAAGACACGAUCUACUGUAGUGAGUGCACCAACUUUCUAGAGCCGCCACCUAAAUUCGAGAUUCCUGCUCCUCCGCGGCCGCCAUACAUAGGAACUCCGAGCAACUGCAAAGAAAAAGUGAUGUCACUGAAGAUACAGAAAGCAUGGGACCAUGAUAAGUGCGAAGCAAUACCGAUCUUCGAUACCAGUUUCUACAAGAGGCAAUCGCUUCAAACAUCUGCUGUGAUUGCAGUUUUCUGCCUGCUUUUUAUCCUAGUGGCUCUUAUAUUAUCACUAUUUGUAUGCAAAAAUAAGCGAAAGGUCCAAAAUGUGCUUCCGUGCAAGGAACUCAUAGGCAUUCCACACAUAAAUGGUCCAUUGCCGAUUGUAGGAGUCCAUUCAGUAACACACGAAGUUCCGAAUAUGCAUUCGGACCACCAGCGUCUGUUAGUUAUGCUACAUCAUCACAAGGUUGAGGUAAGCCUCCAAGAGACUGAGGUUAAAUCGGUUAUACAUCCAAAAGGCGUCCACUAUCCAAGUAGUUACACAAUGACGCGCACUCCACCUCUCUUAGUAUCGUCUUACCCUGGUCCCACGCGACAACCGAACCACUCAAGGCAUCCCAAAAGUCAGCAGUAGAACUGAACUUUACAAGUUAGAAGCGGCGUAGAGCGAAUACAGAAGGACUAUCGGAAAUACAAAGCUUUCAUACUACAAGUAAUGAUUUCGAAGCCACUAGUCGAAAAAACAACAAUGCUAGCUAGCUCUACAGCUACUUCGAUGCUGGAUAACUCAUUAACAUCCAAUACUGACAUAGAUACUUCUGUCUUCCCAACGACAUCAACAAUCUGCCCUAAUAAUAACUCUACAAUGUUAACGCUAGCUGCAGCGAUAACGUGAUAAUAAGCCGAUCAGAUCCAUCAGCUUCCCCUAAAAAUGGAAGCGAAUGGGAAUAUGUGCAUAUGGAUUCGAGUUAAUCAUUGAACACCUUUGCAAAAUGGCGCUCUCCAAUCAUCAAUAACUAAAGCAAUACUCAAUUACUAAGUAAGUCGCUAUCAAAAUACAAAAACAAAAACAUAUAUUUAUAAUUUUGAUAGUAGCAUAUUUUAAUUAAAUACAAAUAUUGGGAUUCGAAGCAAAAUGUAAAUUGUAUAGAAAUAAAUAAUAAUGGUCUGACUAAUUGAUAAUUUCUUCACAUGUCAUUGCAUUUUUACGAGCAAUACAAAUAGAAGUACUGAACUGCAAAAUGGAUAGUUUCCCAAAGCAGGGCAGUUCUUAAUUAUUAUUAAGUAAGCUGAUUUCUUACAAGCUCAUAGAUUGUAAAUUUGUAUACUAUUAUUCGAUUUUAAGUUGCCCCGACAAUUUUAAAAAAUAAAACAAUUAUAAAUGGAUUUGUGCCCCUUCGCUGGGCACACUAAAAUAGAAUAGAUAUGGUUUAGAACAGAAAAUAUAUGAUUUUCAUAUUAUUUAUUUCUUUAUUCUUUAUUCAAGCGCUUUGGCAUAAACAAUAUUUUUUGUUUUUCUAUUUGUUUUUGAGUAAAUAUAAAAUAUAAAUUGAAAAUCAGGAAAAAAGAAGAUUGUUUUUAAAUUUCAAAUCAACGCAUAUGAAUAAACAAUCGUCUUUUUUCCUGAUCAUCCAUGCAU